UCUCCUCAUUUCUUUGUCACUUUCCUUUUCAAUUAUUUUCUCAUUGGUUUCCUUCUCUUCUAAAAGUUCCGAACAGGGCGUUAGACUUGAUCAUACUGUACUGUUUUCUUGUUCCCUCUCCACUCAGUUUAUCAUCAAAGUCUUAUCUCUGUAUAUGGGGAUACAAAUUCGUAUGCAUGUCAAUGAUGAAAAUUUGAGAUAAUAGAGGUAUAUAGGCUAUAGAGGCAGUUUAUAUCAAUUUUAUACAACUCUGUGGUGAUCGCACAAAUCUCAAUUUUUAAGGAAGGAGAUUUGCAGGCUGUUCAUCCCAAGAAUUUGUAGAAACGUUGUACGUGGUUUUAUUAAGUACACAAGCAGUUUAUGGCUUCACCAGAUAUUGAUUCCCCUUGGUCAUCCCCAAUUAUUGAGUCCUUUGAUGGGUCUUUCAACAUAUGCAUAGACAAUUCAGAGAGUUCAGCUUUGUCAGAAGUUCCCUCGUCUUCUGCAUUCUAUGGCAGUCGUAUCCCAGAACCACCUCCACUGCCUUGCAAAAUCAGUACGAGAACCAGUUUACACAGAAGGAUUGGGGAGUGUUAUUUUGUUCCAAAGGAAACGAAAGAUAUGUGGGACAAGCUCUUCAGAGAAGGGUAUGGAGCAGAUGUCUAUGUAAUUACCGAGGAGGAGGAAAUCAUUCCUGCUCAUUCUAGUGUUCUGACUGUUGCAUCACCAAUACUGGCGAACUAUCUUCGUCAGGCAGAAUUUGAGAGAGGCAUCAGGUUCAUAAAGAUUCCUGGGGUACCUCGUCAAGCUGUCUGCAUGUUCAUACGUUUUCUUUACUCAUCCUGUUAUGAAGAGGAAGAUAUGAAGAAUUUUGUCCUCCAUUUAUUGGUUUUGUCACACUCCUACUCACUUCCAUCUCUUAAAAGAGUUUGUGUACAGUUUUUGGAGCACGCUUGGCUGACCACAGAAAAUGUGAUAGACGUGCUUCAGUUAGCAAGGAAUUGUGAUGCGCCUCGCCUUUCCUUAAUUUGUGUUCAGAUGAUUGUGAGGGACUUCAAAACUAUAUCUUCCACUGGAGGAUGGAAAGUUAUGAAGCGUGCUAAUCCUGCACUUGAACAAGAGCUUCUGGAGUCGGUUGUGGAAGCAGAUUCUAGGGAAAAAGAAAGGCUGAAGAAACUUGAAGAGAAGAAGGUUUACUUGCAACUGGAUGAGGCGAUGGAAGCCUUGCUUCACAUAUGCAGGGAUGGAUGUGGGACAAUUGGACCUCGAGACAAGGUGCUGAAGGGAAGUCAGGUUGCUUGCGAUUUCCCAGCUUGCAAGGGGGUCGAAUCUCUAGUUCGUCAUUUCUCCAGGUGUAAGAUCCGGGUUCCUGGUGGGUGUGUGCACUGCAAGCGCAUUUGGCAGCUUCUGGAACUGCAUUCUCGCAUGUGCAAUGACCCUGAUUAUUGCAAGGUUCCUCUUUGUAGGCAUUUCAAAGAGAAAAUGCAGCAGCAGAGCAAGAAGGACGAGGCAAAAUGGACAAUGUUGGUUAGCAAAGUGUUGGCUGCAAAGAAUGCGGUUAUGCCGUUCUCAUCCAGACGGUCAAGUUUUUCAUGACCUUAAAAGUUUGUGGUUAUGUCGACAAAUAAUUCAGGCAAAUAUUUAGCUUGCCUUGUUCCCGAGUAAGUAAAGAUUGUGACAAAUUAAAUAAAUGUAAAGUAAACGUCUUAGGAACAUCUUGCCUAUGUUUGAAGUUUUUCAUAAUUUAUUUACGCCUACAUCACAAUGUAAAAACGGCAAUAUAAAGUACAAAUUGAGUUAUGUUGUUUAAUCACAAUGUUGAUCUUCAACUUUUGGCCAA